UCCGUGGAGCUGCAGGCUGGGGCCUGGUUCCGGAUCCCGUCCGCUUCUCCGCGUCGUGUUGUUGUUGUUUCCCGUUAUUUAUAUUUAUUAGUAGAACCGCGAACGGCGAACAGCUCCACAGCGCCUUGCUGGACCGCUGCAAGCUGAACUCGGCCUUGAGCCUGGAGCUCGGUUCGGGUUCUGGAAGCUUUCUUUGUCGCACUGACGGCCGGGCUUUCUUCCGGCUGCACGCGCGAGACACGGAGACAAAAAAAAAAAACCACACACACACACCGUGAAAUCAGUCAGGUUUAUAUUUUUAUACGUGUUUUUCGAUUCGGUUGUAUUUUUUCUGCCUGAUAAUCGGCGGAUGAUCGAUUGUUUUUUUGUUUUUUGUUCUCGGUGCUAAUGCUAAUAUGCGAGCGCGAGCGGUUUGUUUAUUCUCUGUAAUGACAUCACGGUCAUAAAUGUCCAAACAUACCCCGAGGCGUUGUGGCACUUCCGGGUUUGAUCAGUUUCUACUGUAUUAAUUGCAUCGAUUGUUGAGUUUCACCAACAAUCAGCUUCCGGCUGAUUAAUCGCGCGCGCGCACGCACGCACGCAAACCCCCUGACCGCAGCACGCGCGGCGCUUUGAUCUGAGCCGAAUAAUUGCACCGAAUAAUCGACUCUCACGUGGUGGGGGGGAAGAAAAUCCAACGAGAUGUUCCGCUUCUUGGAUGACGUCGAUGACAAUCCAUACAUGAUGGACCCGUUUGCGGCACACCGUCGUCAGAUGAGGAGCGUGUUCGGGUCGUUCGGGUUUGACCCGUUCCCUCUGAGUCCUCAGAUCCAGUCGGCCCGAGCUCCCAUGCAAGUGCAGCCUCAGGCUGGUGCGUUGGCCCCUUUCGGGAUGAUGGGAAUGGGAGGAGGAUUCAUGGAUAUGUUCGGGAUGAUGAACGGCAUGAUGGAGAACAUGGAGAGGUUCUCCGGUUCUCCAUCCUGUCAGUCUUUCUCCUCCUCCACCAUCAUCUCGUACAGCAGUGACUCCGGAGGUCCCAAAGUGUACCAACAAACCAGAGAAAUCAGAACAGCACCUGGAGGGAUCAGAGAGACGCGUCAGUCGUUGCGCGAUAGCGAGAGCGGCAUGGAGCGCAUGUCCAUCGGCCAUCAUAUUGGAGAUCGAGCUCACGUGUUGGAACGUUCCAGAAACGCGCACACCGGCGAUCAGGAGCACCGACAAGACUUCAUUAACCUGGAGGAAAAUGAAGCCGAAGCUUUCGAUGAGGAGUUUAGGAGGGGAGUAGGGCGUUACAUGAGCCCUAACGCCCGUGCCCUGGAAUACGGACGGAGCCGAAGGGCAGCGACGGGACAACUGGCACUACCCGCGCCGCCAAACGCCACAUCCUCUUCCUCACCUCGACCUCCCCACCGUCCCCGCUACGACUGGUGAGGGCUAGGUGAACGAACCAAGCAGAAGAGCCUCAUGAUCUACCUGAUGAUGUGAACGAGAUUGUUUAGGAAUCCCUGGUCCUGUGUCCUGACGUGAAGUGUGUGUGUGUGUGUGAGAGUGAGAAAAUGUUCCACUGCAGGACUGACACUGUACAGAAUAAAUAGCUGGGUCCAAAAAAUCCGAGUGCACUACAAUCCGCUAUCUAGGCCACUUUGCAGACGUCUCCUGGUCCCCUGUGGGCGUGUCCCAAACUACACACACACAGAGACACACGCCUGGUCACUACGUAGGUCAAAGUGCAUCACGGGAGUACAAAGUCAGGACCGUGUUGUAUUGUAGGAGUUCCUGUGUGUGUGUGUGUGUGUGUGUGUGUGUUGGACAGAAAAGUGGACUCCAAAGAUAGUUCGAAUAAAUGAGUCGUGAUUUAGGACAGUGAGUGUUAAUUAGUAGUAUUGAAAUUGCGUACAUGUUUGCUCGGUAGUGCACUCUGGCAUUUUGGACGCUAUGUAGCUUCAUCACAUACACACUACCACACACACACACACACACACACACACACACACACACACCAUACACACAUUCAAAGUCCAUUCCUAUGCUUCCAACUCAUAAAUAUUAAAAUGUGUCAUUUAUUUACUGCUACACACCAGGCACGUGCCGAUUAUUAUCCAUACAACCGCCAAAAAUUGACGAGGACCCACACACACACACACACACACACACACACACACCAUAACGCACACUGUUGCCGUCGGAUCCGAUCUGCAACUCCUCCUUCGCACCCGGAAGCCGCCUCGGCGUAUCACACGUCAAAUCAUCGGCACGUGCCUGCGCCGCACACACUGUACAGUUCGUUGAUGUCUGUGUUGUUGACGCUAUGCUAAUCUGUGAUUUGAGCUGUACACUGUUAACUAGUUAAACUUAUUAAUAAAUAAAUUAAAUGUU